CGGCCGGCGGCAGAGCGGGAGCGCAGCGCUCAGGGUCGGCUCGCCGAGGCGUCCACUGCGGCAGGCUGGGGGGCCUCGGCCCGGGAUGAGAAAGCGCAACGAGUCGGUGACCGUGGAGCAUGAGCGCUUGGCCGCCGCCCCCGCCGCGCCGGACCCGGACUGCCGCCCGCAGCGCCACCUGCACCAGGCGGGCCCGGGGGCUCGGGAGCCGGGCUCGGCCAUGAAGCGGGCCCUCAGCAGAAGGAAAGGAUUGUGGUUCAGAUUCCGAAAGCUGCUCAUCUGGUCUUUGGGACUAUAUCUCGCCAUUCCAUUUCUUGUUAAACUUUGUCCUGGGAUCCAGGCCAAGCUGAUUUUCUUAAAUUUUGUGAGAGUUCCUUAUUUCAUUGACUUGAAAAAGCCACAGGAUCAAGGGCUAAAUCAUACCUGCAAUUAUUACUUACAACCUGAAGAGGAGGUAACCAUUGGAGUGUGGCACACAGUUCCUGCAGCUUUGUGGAAGGAUGCUCAGGGAAAGGACCAAACGUGGUAUGAGGAUGCUUUGGCUGCCAAUCAUCCUAUAAUUCUCUACUUACAUGGAAAUGCAGGCACUAGAGGAGGGGACCACCGAGUGGAGCUCUACAAGGUUCUGAGUUCCCUUGGUUACCAUGUAGUCACAUUUGAUUACCGAGGCUGGGGAGAUUCGGUGGGGACUCCCACAGAGCGGGGAAUGACCUACGAUGCCCUCCACGUUUUCGACUGGAUAAAAGCAAGAAGUGGUGACAAUCCACUCUAUAUAUGGGGCCACUCCCUGGGCACCGGAGUUGCAACAAAUUUAGUAAGGCGGCUUUGUGAACGAGAAACUCCUCCAGAUGCUCUGAUCUUGGAAUCUCCAUUUACCAAUAUCCGUGAAGAAGCAAAGAGUCACCCGUUUUCGGUGAUAUAUAGAUAUUUUCCUGGAUUUGACUGGUUUUUCCUCGAUCCCAUCACAAGCAGUGGAAUUAAAUUUGCAAACGAUGAAAAUGUGAAAUACAUUUCGUGCUCGUUGCUUAUUCUUCACGCUGAAGAUGAUCCUGUUGUUCCAUUUCAUCUUGGGAGAAAGCUUUACAACAUUGCCGCCCCAUCUCGGAGUUUCCGUGACUUCAAAGUCCAGUUUGUUCCGUUUCAUGUGGACCUGGGCUACAGACACAAAUUCAUCUACAAGAGUCCUGAGCUCCCACGGAUAUUGAGGGAAUUUCUAGGAAAAUCUGAGCACGAGCAUCAUGUAGACCGUCGUCAUUGAGGACCAUCUGCAUGGUAGCAUGGAGACUGGUUUUCCCCCCUCCCUUUCUUUUCCUUUGGGUCGUCAAUCUGCCAUCCUUGAACCCUCAGCUCCAGCAUCUGCAUCACACAGGAUUCCCGGUCUCUGCCCACAGGUUUCCCUUGGAGAGGGUGGAUCCCAACUAGUUGACUUCUCUGUAACUUAGUCCAGAAGUGAGGGUGGGGAGAAGCCAGUUUCAGAACAGCUGCAGGUGAACAGAGUAGACCUCAGCUAACACAUGCACUUGCCUAGAAAACCAAGGCAGACUUAUUUGCUUCCUCCUCACACGAGUGCUUCCUUUAGUGAAUGUUGGCAGUUUAGAACCACCCCAAUUACUGAGUAUGUGGCCCCUUCCCCCUCCUCAUCUUGCUGUGGCUUCUACAGGAAGGGCUUUUUUUUAAAAUCAAUUCUUCUCCAACCUAGGCUGUGUCAAGGAGACCAGGGUAGCCGAGACUGAGGUCUCGAACAGCCUACAUGGGAGGGGAGAAAAAAAAAUCAGGAUUUGAAAUAAUAAUGAAGGAUUUAUUCGAGAUUUACUUUCUGUCCUCCCCCCAUCCUUCUCCUUCCAAUCCCCUAAGUACUUGCCUAGCCUCCUCUACUAAUUCAUGAAACUUUUUUUAAAGGAAAGACUAAACUGGGCCCAGACCAGACAUUUAAGGGGAAAAUUGAGGGGUUGAUAUGUCAUUUUCUCAUCAAACCAUUAGUCCUCCCUCGACACGUAAGUUUGAUGGCUCUUCAAGAGAAGAAUCCCUUCUAGUUCAAGGCUGGGAUCUUCCAAGUGGUAAUGAACUGGAUUUCCUCCACCCCUCCCACCAUAUUUUAUGGCUUCCAUUGUCCUGAGCUAAAACUCAUCCCUCCCGCCCUUGGACAGCAGGUGCUUUCUGUCCAUCUUGGGGAAGGCUAUUCUGUACAGUUGGGCUGGUCACUCCUGGCAGGGUAGUGGGAUGCCCUCACCUCGCAUUCAAGACCUGAUUGUGAUAGGUACCAGUGUUCACAAAGGGCCCUGGCAGCCUUAGCCUCGGAGGUUCAAUUCCGUACUUCUGCGUUGAUCGAGAAGCCUGAUAUAUCAGCAUGCACCCGAGUUCUAACUGCAGACUCAUAAUAUACGAGAAUAAGCUUCUGCCGUAGAAGUGUGGUGGGAUCAGGUUCGGAACCUGUUCUUAGGAGCUCACUGGGCCACCACAAUGCCUUUUCACAUACUGACAACGGAUGGAACUCAAUUCGGCUCUCUGUAAAAACAGGUCAGUGUUCCACCUACCGCUGCCGCUCUCAUCCGACCCCUGCAGAAAUGCAUUUUGAAAUACAAACUCUGUCCAAAACUUCCACAGAUGAUUGAAAAUUAAACCUCAGAAAGCAUGAAAUGGAGACCGUUGUUCGCCACCCACAUUCCAGACACCAAGCCCGUAACGUGCUUUGAACUAAAAAUGCUAUGUUCCCAAAAAAUCAAGUGUGUAAUUUGAAUAAAACAAUUUGAUGUGGGUUGCUUCG